CCCUGCAGCGGAGGACACUCCCACAGGCAGGUGAAGGAGCAGAGGAUCAGUUCACGUCUCAGUUCUCACGGCAGCCUUCAGGACAGCAGGACGACCCCCCGGCCUGUGGAGGGUUCGAUGCCGGCGAGCGUGAUGACAGAACAGUGUGUGAACCAGCAGACGUCUCAGGAAGAGGCCAGGAAGUGUAACAGAGGAGCCACAAGGCCCGAGCAGAGGGACGAUCAUUCGGAUAUAGAGAACGUGGCGGAGGAGCAUCCGAGGAAUGGGAGGACGAUCAGCGAGUCCCUGCAGGCGGCUGAUCAGGAGCUGUCAGGCAGGAGGAAACCAGCAUUAGUCAGGUCAAAGACCUUUGACCACACUCUGCUGACUCAGGUCCAGAUGGACUCAGACUCUAAGAUAGACAGGAAGAAGUCUCACUACAGCCAGCUGUCUAAGAGCAACUGCCACUACCAUAAAAUAUUUAAGGAGAUCAGCAAAGAGGAACAGCUCAGACAGAGUUACACCUGUGCUCUGCAGAAAGACAUCCUCUACCAGGGACGGAUGUUUGUCUCCGACCACUGGAUCUGCUUCCACUCUAAGGUGUUUGGCAAAGACACAAAGAUUGCCAUCCCCGUGGUGUCCGUCAAUCAGAUCAAGAAGACCAAAACGGCCAUCCUUGUGCCGAACGCUCUGGUGAUCGCCACCGCAAACGACAGGUAUGUGUUCGUGUCUCUUCUGUCCAGAGACAACACCUACAAGAUCCUGAUGUCCAUCUGUCUUCAUCUGGAGGAGAAGAGUCCCUGCAGCAGCCCCAUCCCCUCCUCAGCAGAGAGCAGCUUCAGAGGUCAGAGGUCACCGCUGACGCCUUGCUUCCCUCUGAGUUUCUCUGGUGACUUCAUCGACCUGGACGGAGCAGUGAGGCAGAGGAGGCAGGAGAUGGAGGAGAGCAGCAGCUCCGACUCACAGACGCCAGAGUACGAGAAGAUAGCAGAGUUUCCUGUUCCUCCGUUUCUGGAUGUGUUCAAACACACAGACAGAGCGGCGGCUCCUGAACGUCAGGACCAGCAGCACACGAUGAAGAACCAGCAUCAGAACCAGAACCAGAACCAGAACCAGCAUCAGAACCAGCAUCAGAACCAGCAUCAGAACCAGCAUCAGAACCAGCAUCAGAACCAGCAGAACUCUGACAACAAGCGGCAUGAGUCGCAACAUGGCGGUACGAUGGCUCCUCGUCACGCUUUCCUCCAACUCAUUGACCACUCGUCCUACAUAAGAGCCAGACCCCCCCUCGUUUCUUUGCUUCUCUUCACAGCCCCC